AUGAAGCGAUUCAUUGUCCUUGCGCUUUGCUUGCUUCUGAUUCUUGAGACCACAAAGGGUUUAGAUUUCCAUGACAAAGAUGUGGAAUCAGAGAAUACCUUGUGGGAUCUAUACGAGCGGUGGAGGAGCCACCACACAAUUGCUAGGAACCUUGAAGAGAAGGUAAAGAGGUUCAACGUGUUCAAGCACAACGUGAAGCAUAUCCACCAGACCAACAAGAAGGACAAACCUUACAAGCUCAAGCUCAACAAGUUUGGUGACAUGACUAGUGAGGAAUUCAGGAGAUCAUACGCUGGUUCAAACAUCAAACAUCACAGGAUGCUUCAAGGCGAAAGACGGACGACAGGAAGCUUCAUGUAUGCAAAUGUAGAUUCUCUCCCAACCUCCGUUGAUUGGAGAAAGAAUGGAGCUGUCACUCCUGUCAAAAACCAAGGCCAAUGCGGGAGCUGUUGGGCGUUUUCAACAGUUGUGGCGGUGGAAGGGAUUAACCAAAUAAGAACCAAAAAGCUGACAUCACUAUCAGAGCAAGAGCUAGUGGACUGUGAUACGAAUGAGAACCAAGGGUGCAAUGGAGGUCUAAUGGAUCUAGCUUUUGAGUUCAUCAAGGAGAAAGGAGGACUCACGAGCGAGCAAGUGUACCCUUACCAAGCUUCUGAUGAAACUUGUGACAAAAAAAAGGAAAAUGCACCGGUGGUUUCAAUUGAUGGUCACGAAGAUGUUCCCGCUAACAGCGAGGAUGAUCUAAUGAAAGCUGUUGCACAUCAGCCUGUCUCUGUUGCCAUUGAUGCUGGAGGAUCAGACUUCCAGUUCUACUCCGAGGGAGUCUUUACGGGGCGAUGUGGAACAGAGCUAAACCAUGGAGUUGCGGUAGUAGGCUAUGGAACAACGAUAGAUGGAACAAAAUAUUGGAUCGUUAAGAACUCUUGGGGAGAAGAAUGGGGAGAGAAAGGAUACAUAAGGAUGCAAAGAGGGAUCCGUCAUAAACAAGGACUUUGUGGCAUUGCAAUGGAGGCUUCGUAUCCUCUCAAGAACUCUCACACUAAUCCUUCUGGACUUUUCUCUCCUUCGCUUAAGGAUGAACUUUAA